UUCAAACAACCAUCCAUCAAUUAAUUACACACAAAACACACACAUACUAGCCAUGGCUGCUUCCAUCAACCUCAUAAUUACGUCGUCGUUUUUAUGUGUUUUGCUCUUCGAAUCUGGUGGUUUGUGUGAAUCAGACGUUCUUCACAUUGAAACAUAUGCAAUUACUGAAUUAGACGUUCCAGGGCUUUACAUAUUCGGGGACUCAUUGGUGGACUUUGGAAACAAUAAUUACUUGGAUACUCUCGCCAGAGCUAAUUUUCCUUAUAACGGUAUUGAUUUCCCUACCGGACCCACCGGACGCUUCUGUAACGGAAAAAAUGUAGCUGACUUUCUAGCGGAAAAGGUCGGACUACCAUCGCCACCACCGUAUCUGUCACUGGUGUCGGAAUCGAAGAAUUUGAGUAGCACCAAUGCUACGGUUACCGGAGUCAGUUUCGCAUCUGGAGGUUCCGGUGUGUUCAACGGAUCAGAGGCACUAGAUCCUAGUACAAUUUCAUUGCCGGAACAGGUGGACUACUAUUCUCUUGUCUAUGACCAACUGGUUCAACAAUUGGGCUUAGACGGAACCCGAACCCACUUAGCCAAGUCCUUAUUUCUAUUAGUCAUCGGAAGCAAUGACCUCUUCAACUACUUCAACAUAGACUCCAAACUCCCUGCUCAAUACACCGUGCAACAAUAUGUAGAUCGCAUGGUCUCCACACUCAAACCACUUUUGAAGCAAAUGUAUGGGUUGGGAGCACGUAAAUUUGUAGUGAGUGGAGUUGGAGUGAUUGGUUGUUGUCCAGCACAAAGAAAGCCCAACAACAACAGCGAGUGCAACCUAGAAGCAAAUUACGGGUCAACAACGUACAAUGAUGGUCUCAAGGCUUUGCUAAAUGAACUGAAAUUAGAAUCUUCAGAUAUGCACUACACUUAUUUUGAUACGUACAAUGUUAUGAGUGACCUUAUCCAACGUCCUGAAACUUAUGGAAUUACAGAGAUAAAGGAAGCAUGUUGCGGACGUGGCAACCUAAAAGCCGACGUCCCUUGCGUCCAAUGGUUCGGGGCAGACUACUGCCCCAACCGAAAAGACCAUCUUUUCUGGGAUCUAUACCAUCCAACAGAAUCCACAUAUAAUAUUUUUGCUAGCUUUCUUUAUAAUGGAUCUCAACAGGUUACGACCCCAAUGAAUGUGGAACAACUUGUUAACAUCUAAGAUGAGAACUUGAACACGUGCUCUCUAGAUAUU